CCCGGCGAAGGCGGGGCAGACAGGGCAGCGCUAAGGGCGGAGGGAAGGAAGGUCCCCGCUGGGCGGGCUGGGCGAGAACCUGCCCCCCGGAAUCCCUCGCGCAACGCUGGGCGCGGAGAGGCGGCGUCGCGCCCUGGUCGGAGACGCCAAAGGGGGAAGCGGGCGAGCGGCUGCGUUUCCUCGCAGGGUCUUCGCGGCGGGAGAAAGGCGAGCGGGCCUCCAGCGGUGGUCCCGGCGCCGGGGAGCAGUUGAAAGUAGAUGAAAAGACCCAGCCAGAGUGGAACAGAGCUGAGCUGAGCUGAGUUCCGGUGGGAUGUGGGACCCACGAGCUUCUCCUGCGGAAGGCAGGCGUGAAUAAUUCACAGUGGAAGACUUGCUGAUGGAUAUGGCAGGCUGGUUCAAGGCAUUGCUGCAGAAACCCAGGAAGAGGCCAGAUGCCUCAAAUGGGAUCCCUGGGUGUUCUCCUUCCUCAACUUCCCCUCCCUCGCAGAAAAGUCCUGCUUCGCUCCCUCGUAGCUUGACCGGCAGCCCCAAACUGGGGCCCUCCAUCUCCCGGAUUGUAAGCAGUUCCGACAGUGCCCGAUGGAGCAAGUUGUACGACGUCUGCAUUUGCCACAGCGAGGGCGACCUUGAGUUUGUGGAAGAGCUGGUGACCUACUUGGAGAACCAGCCCGAACAUUUCCGUUGCUUUCUUCAGCUGCGGGACUCUGCUCCAGGUGGGGCUGUUAUGACAGAGCUGUGCAACGCCGUUCAGAACAGCCACUGUUGGGUGCUGCUGAUCACCCCCAACUUCCUGAAGGAUCCUUGGUGUUGCUACCAGAUGCACCACGCCUUGACCGAGGCGCCCAUGGCGAAUGGCCGCACCAUCCCUGUGCUGAAGGAUAUAGAGCGCACGGACUACCCCCGGGAACUCCGGUGUAUUUACUACAUCAGCGUGGUGCUCCAGGAGAACAGUUUCCGGCAAAUCAAAGAGACGAUACUGCGUUAUCUCCUGGACCUUUGUCAAAACCCAAGAAGCACUGACUAAUUGCACGUUUGGAUUAAAAAAAAAAA